CGCCUUUUCUUAUUUUUUCUCCACCUGUUCUCAAGUCGAGAGAUUUUUUUUUUUAUCUCAGCUUCUUCUAUCCUCACCGUUGGUUGCUGUACAGGGCCCUUGUUCAGACCUAAUCCGACGGCUUCGGAUCUUCAUCUACCUCUUGUCCCUCCAUCCAUCACAAUCCGUUAGUUUCAGGGCUCAUCAGAAUCUCUGCCUCAUUUCCAAUUCCGAUUCGAAUCCGUUCCUGCCCACCAUUUCCAAUCCAACCCUAAUAUUUGUUGGAUUAUCUGCACCUGGUGAUUGUGGCUGUGGGUUGAUAUAUGAACACCCCUAAAAUCCAACUUCUGUGGGAAGUAACAGGUAAUUGAAACUUGGAAGUAGCAUGGACGGCAGUCACGAGACUGAUCCUGGAAUGCAAAUGGGCGGUGCAGAAAAUGAACUCAAUAUACAUUAUGAGCAUUACCAUCAUCAUCAUGAGGUUCAUGGGAUGAGUAAUGGCAGUUUGAUGAACGAUGGUGAAGAGGGCAAUGAUUGCCAUGACAACAAUGGUAAUGGAAGUGACACCAUGCCAGAAGUCGAAGUAGAUCAGGGUAAUCUUUCAGAUUCUCAGGUUAUGAUGGUGGCUGAUCCCAGUAUUGAAAAUGGUGAUCAGCUCACUCUUUCGUUUCAGGGUCAAGUUUAUGUUUUUGAUUCCGUCUCACCAGAGAAGGUGAAUGAUUCUCUAUUCAUUUGGGUUACUGUUGGUAAACAUUUGCUGAUUGUCCAAGUUCUUUUCCCUCCAACGUGUUUCAUAUGAUCUUGUUGAAUUGUCUAGGUUCAAGCUGUGCUAUUAUUAUUAGGGGGGCGGGAGGUACCUUUAGGUGCUUCUCCUCUUCCAAUGACCUCUCCUCAGGGUAGUAAGGGCAUGUCUGCUACCCCGGAACGGUUUAGUGUACCACAGAGAUUGGCUUCUCUGCUCAGAUUUCGUGAAAAACGCAAGGAACGUAAUUUUGAUAAGAAAAUCCGAUAUACCGUCCGCAAAGAAGUGGCUCUUAGGUAUGUCUUCCAUCAGUAAUCUACUAUAUUAUAAAAUAGUGUGGUGUCACCUUAGGGUAGCAAAAUCUAUUUUAUUAUCACAUGACUAGAGAGUGGUUCGUGCUCCUGGGUGAGCUCCAAUCGAACUUGUGUCGGGGGGCUGUUGUAUCAUUAGCACAAGUGACAAGAAUUUGUAUGUUGGAGUUGGCAUUUCUGGGGCAGGAUGUUACACUUUUCAUUGUAACAUUAGUAAGCAAAAUUGAUGAACAUCCUGAAGAAAGUAAGUUGAACUUGAUGAUUAAGUAUGUACGAGGUAUCUUGAAUUCAAUUACAUCCAUUGAGCAUUCUUAUCAUUCCUGGUUACAUAUUGGAAUGAGCUCCUUGACAUUGGUAAGUAACCUGUAAGAACAGGGACAGUUGGUAAGCUGUGGCUUAUGAUGUUACUGAUUUGGUGGCAUGUUAAUUUUUUUUUUGUUGACAUGAAUGAAUCAAGCUGUCCCAAUUUCGAUCUGAACAGAUGGUGGUAGUAUUUCAUGAAAUUGUGGUAAACUUGAUCUUAUUGGUUCAACCUCGAACUUGGCAGCAGAAAGAGAAAUGGGGAAAGUAGCUUUUUUGGAAAUUUGCUCUUUUCUCUCAUCCUUUGACCAUGGAGGAUAUUGCAUCUGCUUGUGCUCACUUGUUCCAUUUUAUAGGAUGCAACGACAUAAAGGCCAAUUCACAUCGUCAAAGGGGAAUAAUGAUGAUUCAGUUACUAGUUGGGGUUCAAGUGAGAGUUGUGGAUCAGACAGUAAUGGUUCGAAGCAUCAGGAGGCCGUUUGUCGGCACUGUGGUACAAGUGAGAAGUCUACUCCAAUGAUGAGGCGUGGACCUGAAGGCCCCAGGACUCUUUGUAAUGCUUGUGGGCUUAUGUGGGCAAACAAGGGAACGCUAAGGGACCUCUCGAAGGCCGCACCCCAGGUUGGACAGAGCACUUCUGCUUUGAACAGGAACCCCGAGGUGAAUGAGACACUCCUGAAAAGGGGCAAACUGGGCAGGUCGAGGCCAGCCAAGGGGGUACUUGAAAUUCCAGUCAGACAAUGAACUAUGUUUUUGUUGAAGCUGUUUCAGUCUUCUCAGAGCAAAUACCAAUUUGGAUGGAGGCAAGUUAUCAUCUGGAAGUGGCGAUCUAGGCACCUGUUGGAUGGGUUUUGAGGUAUUCUUUUGAAGGUAUGGUUGGUUGUCCUGAGCUUGUCAAAAUGCAUCAAGUUGCUGGGUUCUGCUUGCCUGGGCUUAGAGAUGUGCAGUAGGGACUAGGGAGUUCGAUUGUUGUAACUAUUGUCUAGGUAUGUAGUUGUGGUGUUUUAGAUUUGGAGCUGUGAUGGUUCAUUGGUGAUCAAUAAUUAGUUUGGAGACUUGGAUACCAUUGUUAUUCUGGACCUUAAAUAAGUUCCAUUGUAUAGUGCUAGAUAGCCUUGUGGAACAUAAAAAGUAAUGUAAUGGUUCAUGACAAAUGAAUAAAGAGUACAAUUAUUGAUUUAACAUACCGC